AUCACCCAUUCAAUGACCGUCAUCCAUCAUUUUGCUGCUGCCGAAAACAAACACAAGCAAUGGUAAAGGUGGGUAUUAAACAUGAUAACGUGCUGGUUAAUUGUUACAGUGCAAAAGGCCUAAAACGGUUAUUCAUAUUGUCCAACAUGUUUUAAUGACCGUUUUCUCCGGAAAAUGCACCUCAACUGUUUUCAUAAUUUUUCCAUUGCUUUUGCCUUGUGGGCCGGGUAGAAGUUGAAAGGUCAUAAAUGAAAACAGGAGGCACGUGUGAAUUGAGAACUCGUUUAAAUAGCAGCAACAAUGGCUGCCAUCUACUCUGGCAUCCAUCUGAAGCUAAAGAGCCCUCAUACUCCAUGGGAGGACAAGUUAAAGCUAGCACGUUUUGCCUGGAUCUCCUCUCAGUGCUUGCUACCCAACAAGGAACAAGUCCUGUUGGAUUGGUGCACAUAUGCUCUUACAGGCUGGUAUAAUAAAAAGGUUGAGCUCUCACAAACUGUGCUCGAGGGCCUCUGGAGUUGCCUUAAUGAUUUCCUUCACAGUCGGAAGCUCCACGUCACUAUUAAGGAGGGCAAGCCGGUCAGUGUGAGGCUCAACAUGGCACAGCUGCUACUCAACCUCCUUGAGGAGUGUUCCGGCACCCCCACCAAGCUAUCAGUGGGUGUGUCCACCCUGCUGAAUGUGUGCCAGGGAAUUCUCUCAUCCUCUACUCUCUCGUCUGUCUUCACCACCAAGUAUGAGCUCAUGGUCAGUCUCACGGUUAAAGUCUGCUCCUUCGCCUGCCAUCAACUGCAACAAGCUCUGCCCUCAGGAUCCCAUCAGCCUGAACUCAUAACUGACACUGUCAGUCUUCACACAGACGAUCAGGAUCCUCAAACUGAAAUGAUUCUUAACCAAGAGCUCAAGGAGAGCCUGAAGAAAAUCACCAGUGGAGCUCAUCUGUUUGAGUUGUUGCUUCAGGUUUUAACAUCGUAUUUAUCAGUUCAGCGACGACAAGCCAAUCCAAACAGAGUUUUCACCUUGGUAACAAACCAGCUCAUUGAGCCGUUAUUGCUCCUCAGACACAUGCUGACAGCUGCUGAGUACGCGCCGUCCCACACACAUCUGAGUCUACGCCAGCAUCUUUGUAGAGAUGUUCGGGUCAGGAUAGACUCCAUCCUUCAGUUGUCGCUCUUCUCUCCUGAGCACCUGGCAUCCUACAAAGAGGAGCUUGUACCCUCCAAAGGGGAUACUGGGAAACGUGGAGCCGGUGUGACAAAAGGCCCCCUCCGGCCAGCCAAUGCUGUACUUUGCAAAUUAGGUUCUUGUGAGCCACCGCUGCCUUACACUGUGAAGUCAAACAGCGUCCCAUUGCUUUUUAAAUUGUUUCUUGAAAGCUACAGAAAAUGUCGAGCGGAAAAUGAGGAAGAACACAGGAUGCUGUGUUUCUAUUACCACACAAAGUUGUUGCCUGCUUUGGGUUUGUCUGAUGUCCCCUGUUUGCCCGAAAGUUGGUGCCUAGCUCUGCUGGCUAUGGAAUCACUGUUGAGCCAGGCACUAUCUGCAGAUAUUUAUAAUGUGACAGGAGACAGAAUAAGACAUGCAGAGGUCCAGCUCACCUUCUACAAAAGCCUCGCACAAAUUCUCUUCAAUCAGGCCCAGCCUAGCAUCCCUGCAUGGUAUCGCUGUUUGAAGGUGCUUCUGGGUCUCAACCACAUGAUUCUGGACCCAUACUUUGACAAGUUGUUAUCUUCAGCCUGGGUUAAUGCCGACUGUAUGGAAACACGAGUCCAACGGGCCCGACAGAUGAUGCUGUGCAGUCUACUCCAGACAUACACCAAGCUCCGUCAGCUGCCUCGCUUCUUCUCUGAGCUCCUCUCGGUGAUCUGUCAGCCAUCUCUUGACAAGGGUCGACCCCCCCUGCUCUCCGCCGGCAUCUCUGCCUCACUCAGGGCCAGCAUUCUGGAUACCCCACCCUCGCAGGGCCUUGAAAUUUGCUCCUUAGUGGUGGAGAAUGUGAGAAAAUAUGUUUUACCUGGCCUGGUAAAGAAAGAUGGAGAGGCAGAGAAGAUGGAGCUUGAUGGAGUGAGUGGUGAAGAAAAGAGGCAUUGUGAGCGGGAAGAUGCAUCAAUGAAGCUUCUUAGUCUGAGCCAGCUCCUUCACGUUGUUUUGUUCAGUCUGAAGACCCUAGACAAUGCUUCUCCUCUUCCCUUGGUCAGACAAGGUCAAACCCUGAUGGAGGAGAUACGGAAGCUUCUCCACAACCUGCUGCACCUUUUGUCCACAGAAAGCAAGGCUACGAAAGUAAAUGUGAGUUCAAUUUCGAAAGCAACAAAGAAAAGAAAAAAGAAACUAGACCUGGAAGAGUCUGCAAAAGCAUCUAGCUCUCAAUGGCAGCUGAAAACCCAAGAUUCGGUUCUUCUGCUCAGAUACAGUUGGAUAGAAGUGGACACACUCUUUCACAUCUACUGCAGCAAAUACACACCUCUUGACUCCAACGCUGAAGCCUUAACAAGCAUAGAGAAUCUCCUAAAUUGUGAGAUAAAUUCUGUACGUCUGCAUUCAGGCAGUCCCAUCACCUUUGUUCAUCUGAAGCUCCUCACUUUGCAACAGAUAAAGAAAGUUCUGUUGGAUUCAGCCUCACUCGCAGAACCAAGUACGUCAGAGUCCCUGCAAAGGGCAGUCGGAUUUAUUUUGGCUCGAGAUGAGCUCUGGUUAUGUUCAGGAGAUCAGAUGUGGGAUGGGCAGAUGAGCAGUGUGGACUCCAGCUCUCACCGUGUUGCACACUGGUUCGUUGUCAUAUCUAACCUACCUUUGCUGGCCCCCUACCUGAACAGGGAAGACGUGAACUGCAUCGCAAAUGUUCUGGUUACGUCGUUGCUGAGCAAGCAGUCUAGCAGAUGCAAAGAUCAACUCUCUGUCUCCCUCAUAUCAUCACAGCUUAUCCACAGCUCCGUUCUGGGCGAGUUGCCAUCGCUCGUCACCGCUACUGUUGGUUCCCUCUCGCAGAGGAUUUUUGGGGUUCUAACAGCCGCGCAUGCCCCUCAAGUUUGUCCCACCCUCGAGAAGUAUCAGGAAGCACAAAAUGGUGAGAUGGAGCUUUUGUCCGCCUUAGUGAAACAGACCAUUGUAGAGGACAUGAGAGUGUCCUCGCAGUCUGGCAAAGUGUUUGUUCUUUUGAGCGACGCUCAAACCAAAGAGCUGAUAGACCUGCUGUCAAUCUUUUCAAGCCUUAACCCAGAUGGGCUGAACUCUGAGGACCUGUCAUGCAUUUUCCUCCUCCUUGGCUUCAUGCUCACAUCCACCGCUUGUUAUUCAGAAGCUUCAUAUUCAGCGCAUUUUUGCGCAGGAUUCCAAGUGAAGCUGCUCAAGAUACUUGCUUCUCUUGUGGAGGGCAAAAACUUCCCAAGUGUUCUGAAGAUCAUUCACGGCAGCACUCUACUGCAGGCUGUAGUGUCCACAAUCCUCUGGCACAGCAAGAAAGGACGAUUCAGCUCCACCGGCAGCUCUGAUUGGUUGGAUUUGAUGAAAGCCACGCAGGACUUCAUCAUAUAUUUGGUCAACUUAAUUCUGAUCAGGAACAGCAGCGUACGCCUCAAUCUGGACCAGAUUGCUUCAUUUCUUACCAGUGAGGACACCACAGCAAAUCCUGGCGGCUCUAUCAUGUCUGUUCAUCUUCUACUGGCAUCGUUGGCCGCCACCUCCAAGGCGAUGACCUCUUACCUGGGAAGGAGUAAAUCAAUGGAUCAAACCUUGACCCAAUCCCUUGCAAGAAUCGCAUCCUCAAUGGGAUCAGCUGUGGAAUUAGUCCUGAAGGCCCAGAGUGUCAGCGAUGCUGGUAUGCAGCCAACCUGCUCGCUCAGUCCAGCCUUUGUGGUCGACACCGUCACGGUCAUGCUGCGGUGCGAGAUGUCCUCCUUGGCGGUGGGGGGCAACGACAAGGCCAUCCUGAGCCAGGAGAAUCUCUAUCAGGGUUUCUGCCAGCAGAUUCUGAAAGAGAUGAACUCCGCAGCCAGACCCAUGGACUUCCUAGUUUCAUCUUUGCAUUUCCUGUCAGCAUUCUACAUGGCAGCGAUGAAGACGGGAAGAGAGGACCAGGAGGAAGAAGAAGAAGAAAAGAAAGUAAAAGCGAUGGAUGAGUUGUAUGCUCAGAUCAUUCAAAAUGUACACAAAGUUUUGACAGCUCCAUGGCUAUCCCCAUCUGACAUGUGUGAGCUGGAGCCAGCCGUGCAGAAUCUGCUGCACCACCUGCUGGAGAACAGCACCCCCUGCAAGUUCAGCAUGCUGCUGACUAUCAUCAACAAUGGGUUAGACACUUGCAAGCUGAGCGCUGGCAAUUACAAGGAAGUGCUGGCUGUUGUCAUCAUUGCCAAGUUGCUUUCCUGCUGUCAGUUACCUGAACCUUGCUCCAAAGCUCUGUGGUUGGUUGCACCACAAAUUCUGUCUGCUAUGGUGUUUCUUGUACGGUCAUCCAGUCAGGUCACGAGCUUGGCUGUGACCUUCACCAUUCCUACCGUGACAGCGAUGACAACGCUGCUGCGCCAGGGCGAGGGUCUAAUCCGAAACUCUCAUCACGUAGUCUUGGUCCUCGGAGCGCUUCAUGCCGUGCCGCUUGACCACCUGACUGCAGUUGUUUACCAGUCAGCGUUCUUGGCUAUUCACGAGGCGCUUUUUGCCAUCAUCCAGUGUCAUACUCAGGUGAUGCUGAAUGCCGCGCCAUCAUUCUUGAAUGUUUUUUACCGUCUAGUCACUUCCAUCAUGCAGGAAGGUCGGCAGAGAGGAGCCGCCGACACAGGUGGAGAAAGUGAAGUGUAUCUUCAGUGCUCCCGGCUGGUAGAAAGGAUGUACUCGCACAUUGCUGCCAUCUCUGAGAACUUCACCACACUGUCUGCCUUCAUGGUGGCUCAAUAUGUCACAGAACUGCAAAAGGUGACUCUGCGGUCAGACAUCAAGCUGCGCCUGACAGAAGGAAUCUACCACAUACUGGACUUAUGUCUGGAGCACGAUAUCAAGUUCCUAACAACGGGCUUGCAGACCGGAGUCCGUGAGGUGUUUAACGAGCUCUACAGUAGCUACACCCACUACCACAAACCCAAAAGACAAGGAGAAGACAAAUACACUGUUUGAAAAGACACAAUAGGCUCCAAUUUGGGUCCGGGUCACCCCCAAAUUGUGAUGUCCUUCAAAUGAAUUAUCACACAACCAUUUAACAUAUUGUCUGACAGGCAAUGGCAUCCAAUAGUGUGGUUGUGUCUUCACUUUUUUUACAUAUUGAAACUGAUCAUGUAUCAAGACAAAGGAGCAUUAUCAUUGUCCCUUUAUCUAACGUACUUUUUCGAGUGUGUAGUAAGAUGUCAAGUCAACUUUAUUGUCAAAUGUACUACAUGUGCCACAUACAGCACAGAUGAGAUUACAUGCCUCAGGAGCGAGAGGAGCCGCUGCGGGUGCCCGCGCCACCAUCAAAUGUACUGUAAAUAGUCAUUUUUUAAGCCUUUUCAAUUACAUUAGUUCUUGAACAAGUAUUUUAACUGUGCUAUUUCAAGUAGGAGCGGGGGUAAAAAAGAAUGACUUUGCUCAUUUGCUAAUGGAGUUGUAGCACUGUUGAAAUAAAUCAAUGGGAUAACUACAAUCUCAGUCAACCUGAUGGAUCGUGUCAGGACCAUACUGCUCUAAUUUUUUUCCCCGCCUAACAGCUCAUUCAAGGAUGCAUUGAUUAAAGCUGAAGCUGAGGUAUUUUGUGCUGGAGUAGCACAGUAACUGUUGGCGCAGACUCCCAUGCUGCCAAGCUCAUCAAUUUUGGGGAUUGCCUGCACCGCUGUGAAAAUAAAACUGUUGCAGAUGCAGCAUUUCUGUGAAUAGCUCAUAUUUAUUCGACAUGAAUGCUUAAUUUGCCAAAGGAUUUCAUAGAGAUUAUCUGUAGGACUAAAAUGAACAAUUGAACAUUGAUUUGUGUAAAUGAGAUUAAUUUGUGCGUUUGUACUGAGAAGAAACCGGGCGUCACGAACGCCGGUCCUCAGGGGUCCCUAUCCCUCAUGUGUUAGAUGUCUCCCUCCUCUAACAAACAUGAUUCAAAUGAUCAGCUCAUUGGCAAGCUUUGCUGAAGCCUGAUAUCGAUCCUGAUCAUUUGAAUCUGAUGUGUUAGAGGAGGGAAACAUCUGAAGCAUGCAGGAUAGGGGCCUUCAAGGACUGCAAUUGGUGACCCCCGGCUAUAAAGUGAUUUGGCUCUGACUGCAGUUGGUAUUUUGGAAAUGUAAACAAAAGUAGUGAUAAACCUGCAGAGCUGCUUAUCUGUGAGCUCGCCUAAAAACAAGACUGCGACAUCACCGAACUAUGACAAGAAGCAUGGUGGCAACUUUGACCUUAUUUUUCUUCAGCUUGAACUGGGACUUUAGUCAAGGUGGCGAGACUUAUGAGCACUUGCAGAUAAUCAAUUUGGUCCAAAAACAUUCCCGUUUGCUUGAAAGCUGAAGCUGAGGAGAAAGUUCACAUUUCAACAAAAGAAUGGCUUGAUCAGAAGAACUUGAAAAUGUUGGAAUGGCCCAGUCAGAGCCCAGACCUAAAUCCACCUGAAAAUUGGGGGGUGAGAGUGGGUAAAUGUCAAGAUGUGCUGUGCUGAUAAACUCUCACCAAAAAUGACCCAUUUCAUCAACAACAACAACAAAAUUGAACUUCAAAUACACAGUAUUAAGUCGAUGAUAUGCUGUGAGAAAUGGUUAGACUCCCACACUGGAAAUUGGGCCAUUGCAAUUAAAAAUAUGACUGCCAGUGGUUCAUGACAUGAAACGCUUUGCUUGGGCAACAGCUCCUGUUUAUUUUUUGUUUGUGACACCGCAAGUAUGAUUUUGGGACAUUUUUAAUGUAAACGAUAAAAAGGAGCGCAGAAUCUCUGUCCUCCUCUUUGGUUUGUAUUCUUUAGUUGCUUCUGAAAAAAGUUACACACAUUUUCCAGGUUACAUUAUUAAACCAAUUACUGUAUCUCCAGUCUACUGAAUGUAGAAAAUAAAUGAAACACCUUGUGAUAUGGCUCUCGCAUUAGCUGGAUACAGUGUCAUAACUUGUCAAGCCAUGGAAUAUAGCCUUUAUUAGUCUCACAAUGGGAAAAUUUACAAAAAAAAAAAAAACGGAAAAAAGCACGCCACCAUUUGGUGAGCUUCCUGGGAGAGAUGGACUUGAUUUUGUGUGAAAUUUCAGGCUCACGAAACCAUUUACAGAUGAACUUCAAUUGGCAUUGUCUCAACUCGGAUGUGUGUCUCAUUGUUCAGUGUUUCAGUGCCAUUCGUGUUCUUCAAUGGCAAAAUUUUCAACUGUUUGCUGCAUUAACAUUUUCGAGAAGUC